ACAGCGGCCCUGCCAGAGAGCCGCCAUUUUUGCAAAGGGAAAAGAGACGGGGGUGAGGGAAUCUAGUUUCUAACACUCAUCACGGAUAGGACGGAGGGGAAUUAAACGGUUCUGAUGUUCUCAUAAAAAACACAGAGUAGCCACAUCAGGGUGACGUGCAGAAGGCAGUGUGAACGUCGGGGGGUGUUUUAUUUUUUCCGCGGAGUAGGACUUAGGCUGAGUGUCUUCCCUCCUUGUACCCUCGCAGUGGAAACAGUAGUAUUGUUUUGAUUGUGUUCAAGCGGCGGGGGUCUUAGCCGGCUCCCUUGGUCCUGUAUCCGCAGCAUCUACCCUGGACAUACCGACUUGCUGGAUGCACCUCGACGUCUGCAAUGAGCACCGUGGCUGUAAUGUUCCUCCGUGUUGGAUCCCCUGGACUCAGUAGGACACGGAUUUGCCUGCGGAGGGCGUCAUGAGCGUCGUCAUCUCAGGAGGGUUGCAGACGACGGACGCCUCGUAUCCGGACAUGGCCGCUGGCUCGGAGCCUGAACCCGUGGAGGCCGCACCCGUGGUGAUGAAGGCCAGCUACCCGCAGGCCUACAGCGGCACGCAGCACUCCUACAGCUACACCGGCCUGCCGUACGCGGAUCACAACUAUGGUGCACGGCCACCACCCACCCCGCCCGCCUCUCCGCCUCGGGAGCCGCUAUUCACACCAGCCCCCCAGGACGAGGCGUCCCGCGGCACCACACUCAGCACCUCCGAGGACGGCAGCUAUGGUGCCGACAUCACACGCUGCAUCUGCGGCUUCACGCACGACGACGGUUACAUGAUCUGCUGCGACCGUUGCAGCGUGUGGCAGCACAUAGACUGCAUGGGCAUUGACCGGCAGCACAUUCCCGAUACCUACCUGUGUGAGCGCUGUCAGCCCCGGAGCCUGGACCGCGAACGGGCUAUCCUGCUGCAGACCAGGAAGAGGGAGAACCUUUCUGAUGGAGAUACCAGCGCCACGGAGAGCGGUGACGAAGUCCCCAUGGAGCUCUACACGGCCUUCCAGCACACGACCACCAGCCUCAUGCUGACGACGGCCCGCAUGCCCUGCAAGUCGGCCGACAAGCGGCGCAAGAGGAGCCGGGACAAGGAGCCGCCCACCGUCACGGCUCGCGCCAAAAAGGCCUUCCGUGAGGGUUCCAGGAGAUCCUCUAGGGGCAAGGCCUCCCCCCCUGACCUGGACCCCUCGGACUCCCCAUCGCUGUGGGAGAGCAAAAUGAAGAUGUGGAUGGAGCACUAUGAGGAGGCCAGCAGCAACCAGUACAGUGAGGAGAUGCAGAUCCUGCUGCGGUUGAAGGGGGGCGCGGGGGUGGAGGCCCUGACAUACAGCGGCCACGGGGCAUCCUUCAAACCCCCUGUGGAGAGUCACCUCCAGAAGAACAGGAAGAUCCUGAAGGCGGUGCGUGACCUGGUCCCAGAUACGCUCAUCAUCGAGUACCGCGGCAAAUUCAUGCUCCGCCAUCAGUUUGAGGCUAACGGUUACUUCUGCAAGAGGCCCUACCCCUUUGUGCUGUUCUAUUCCAACUUCCAUGGCCUGGAGGUCUGCGUGGACGCCCGUAACUGGAAUGAGGCCCGCUUCGUCCGGCGUUCCUGCACACCCAAUGCAGAGGUGCGUCACGUGAUCGAGGGCGGCACCUUGCGUCUGUACCUGUACUCCGCGAGGCACGUCGCCCGCGGCAGCGAGAUCACCAUCGGCUUCGACUAUGACUACGGCAGCUGUAAAUACAAGGUGGAUUGCGCCUGCCUGAGGGGAAACCCGGAGUGCCCGAUCCUGCGGCGACCCACUGAGCCCACGGAGAACCUGGGGGAGUCACGGCGCCGCCGUGGCCGGCGGGACAGAGAGGCGAUCGGGGAGAGGGACAGUGAGGGGACCCAGAACCAGAACAUCGCUAUGGACGGCGACGGUGUCAAGGGCAAGGCUACCAGCGAGAACAAGCAGCGGAAGAUGUCCCCGCUUCGCCUCUCCAUUUCUAACAACCAGGUACAGCCAUGGCCACACCUCUGGCCACACCCCCUGCUGCCUGCACAACCCCGCCUCCUCAUCACUCUCUCUCUGCCAGUGACAGAAUCUGCCACUAGGGGGGGCGCUGUCUAUCACGUAGUUUACCCCAUUCUGCUUUAUUAAUUUUUACCUGAUCCUUCCUCAGCUCAGUGAUCCUGUUCCUGAGGUCACAUGUCUGUAUUUCUCAUACAUCCACGCAUGAAUCAUCCAUCC